AUGGCCAUUGACAAAAUGAAACGAAGGAUCCUUCCUAAUGAUGCUAGAACCGGAAAUGAUGACAACAACAACAAUAAUAAUAACAACAACAACAAUAAUAAUAAUAAUAAUAAUAAUAGCAGUAAUAAUAACAACAGCAACAACGAGACAAAGAAUAAUAAUAGAAUGAAGAAAAACAAAGGCAGACAUUAUAGAAGUAUAUUCAGCGACCAUUCUAAAGAAGUUAUCGACUACAGAAAAAUGAACUUGGACAAUGAAAACGAAAAUGUUGACAACAAAAACAACUACAACAUUAACAGCAACAGCAACAACAACAACAACAACAACCUUAACAGUAGAAACAAUGGUAGCAACAAGUCUUUGAAUGACUACAUUAGAGAUGAUAUUGACAACAACAUCAACAAUACCGACAACAGCGAACCGAUUCUCAUUUACAUAGUAACCGAGUCGGAAACGGUUCUGAGGACAAUAAAUUUCUGGUGUCACGCUCUCUUAGCCAAACUUCUCCCGUGUUUUUUGAUGUCUUUGUUCGGGGGUUUGCUGCUCGUGAAAGUCGGUCAAAUCCACCAAAGAAGGCUGGACAUUCACAGGCCUGCAAAACAAUUACGUCAACAAAAAAUUUUUCAACAACAACAACAACAUCAACAACAGCAACAGCAUCAACAAAGUUUCCAACAACAACAUCGCAAUCAAAAAAUUGAAAAAGAACAUUUUGAUACUAAUCUAUCGUCUUCAGAUUUGACAAUGACACAACAACCACAACAACAACAACAACAACAGCAACAACGAAACAAAAAUCACUUCCGGUUUAUGAACGCAUCAGUAAAAGAACACAGAUCUAAUCCGCGAAAAUCAAUGGAGCACUUAAGUCUCUUAGCCUUAAUCUGUGGCUUGAACCCGAGGUACAUGCAGCUGUAUUACGACCCUCUAGGAGAUAUCAUGGACAUCAUUGCUCUCAUAAACAACGCCAUCAAUUUCAUCCUCUACUGUGCUACCAGUAGGCAAUUCAGAAAUACUUUCUGGAAGAUGGUCAUGAGAUGUGAGUGA